UCUCUACCCAUUCCCAGAGUGCAUAUCGGGAAAUAGACACACAAAGACAUGCGCACUCAACUUAAUCAGCCAUUUUUUUAAACAGGGCUAAAACGAUAAUAAUUAGCAGAAUAAAGACAUAUCGGAUUUUCAUUUCCUUUCCUCCGUUUCGCGACCCGCGUCCACGAGAGAAGGCAGCCCAGUCGACACGCCGUGUGGCCGCCACCGGAACCAUGAGAAGGGAUAGCUGCUCUCAGACCGCUUGACAUCUGUGAUUUUUUGCUCUAUACCCCCCUUUUUUCCCAAUAUAAAGUUGGAGGAUUAUUAUCAUUUUUUUUUAUCGUCCAAAAUCACGACCCGCUGGAUGUGACUGUUUAAAAAACAAACAGAGAGACGGAGUGGAGCUCCGGAGGGGAAGAAAGUCCCUGUUAGGCUGGAUGAGAUGAGAUCCCUAUGUAGUGGUCGAAAUGGCAACUUGUGACUCUCCCCCUAUGGUGUCGUCACGGCAGCAAGAACAUGGUGGCCAGAGACUGGACGCUGCUGCUGAGGACAACCCUGUCGUGGCCAUGGAGACCACUGUCACCAACAGCAGCAACACCAAUAACAACCAAUUAUCGCCUGUAGCCAUUGGAGAGUCGGAAAAUGGCAUUGGAGAGCCCGUUGUUAGCCUGCUGAGGUUGUCAGCUACCCCCACUACUGUCAGUGUAACCACUGACCCUGUGAUUGAACAGAGUCGGAGAGAAAGCUUUACUACCAGUAGCAAAGGGAGUGUUACUGGGACUUUACCAGGAGUAGGUGGAGGAGCUGCUUUGGGUUCGGACUGUUCUGCCCCUGCCACGUCACCUGUGGCACCGGCAAAAGAGAUCCCCUGCAACGAAUGUUCUAGCUCAUUUUCCAGUUUACAAAAAUACAUGGAGCAUCACUGCCCCAAUGCCCGCUUGCCUACAACCGGAGGUCAUGAAGAGGGUGAGGAGAGGGAUACGAUGGUGGGUGAGGAGAGUGAUGAGGAGGUAGAGCAUGACAGAGGUGCUGCAGAUGUGGGUGAACUGAACAGCGAAAUGGAAGAUGAGAGUGAUGUGGAGAACCUGUGUGGUGAGAUCAUCUACCAGCCAGAUGGCUCCGCCUUUAUCGUGGAGGACACCAAAGAGCAGUGUGGCGACCAGGGAGGGCUCCCUGGGUCUCUCCAUUUCAGGGGGCUCCUUUCCUCCCAGCCCUUCAACAAUUCCCAGGCUAACAGUGGCCAAGGUGGCCUCAGCCCUGGGGAGGAGCCUCUCGACCAGCCCACUGCACCCAUGUCCUUCUACCCCCAGAUCAUCAACUCCUUCCACAUCGCCUCGUCUUUUGGGAAUAAAUCUCUAGCGGCCGACCACCCCUCCUUCCCAAAUACCUCACCUGGGGGGCUGGCGGGCGCUGGUCCCGUGUUGCACAGUUUCCGUGUUUAUGACCUCCGCCACAAGAAUGACAAAGACUAUCUUACGGGGGAUGGUGGAGCCAAAAACUCAUGUGUGUCCAAAGAUGUCCCCAACAAUGUGGACUUGUCCAAGUUCGAGGGCUGCGUGUCUGAUGGGCGACGAAAGCCUGUUUUGAUGUGUUUCCUGUGCAAACUGUCAUUUGGCUUCAGCCGUUCCUUUGUGACUCACGCUGUUCACGACCACCGAAUGACCCUGAAUGAGCAGGAGCAGAAGCUGCUAAGCAAUAAGCACGUCUCUGCCAUCAUCCAGGGCAUCGGCAAGGACAAAGAACCUCUUAUAAGCUUUCUGGAACCAAAAAAAACCCCCAAUUCUGUGCUACCCCAUUUUCCCACACCUGCCAACUUUUUCGGGCCAGACACUGGGCUCCGUGGCUUGUGGAAUGCCUUCCACACAAGUGGGGAGAAUGCAGAUUCUCUUCAGGCAGGAUUUGCUUUUUUGAAGGGCAGUGCCAGCAGCUCCUCCAAUGACCAAACCCCAAGAAACCAAACCAUGCCAAAGGCCGAGACCAACCCAAACCUCGGGGGAGGGGCUGGUGCCCACAAAACCUCCAGUGGGAUUUCUACUGCUGCCUCUGGUGGCAACCUGGAGGGUCGGAACUCUGAGAGUGACUGUAAGGGCCACAGUAGGGACACAUGCACUUUGCAACCCAAUGGGCUGGACCUGAGCCAGUACCCGCCCAUUAAGCGGGAGCCUGGUGCAGUGAGAGGAGAGAGUCCAGUGCAGGAUGAGGACGAAUUCUCGAACAGUGGGGGAGUAGAAAUGGAGGCUGACGCAGAGGAAGAGCAGACGAUGGACGGCAAACAGGCUGACAGCAACAGUAGCAAAGAUUUCCCUCUCUUAAACCAAAGUAUUUCCCCCCUUUCCAACAGUGUGCUAAUGUUUAACAGUAACAGCAAAGGCCCUACGUCCACCUCCUCUUCCUCCUUGCCUGGUUGUGAGAAACUGGAUAUGGAAAGAAGCCGGCUGUCUGCCACCCUGGCAGCCACCAGGGAGCGGGAAAGCAGCAAUGACUCGACAAAUGAAACCCAAACAGGUCGUGAUGGGUCAUCACCGCCCUCCCACCCGCUUGACAUGAUUUUGUUGCGUCGGGAUGAUGAGAGUCCAGGACCUCUUCUAUCACAUACAGGGAAUAUCAGUACGCCUGGAACGCCAGGUACGCCAGGGACCCCGGGCCCGGGUGAAGGAUCACCAGGCAGUGGAGUUGAGUGUCCAAAGUGUGACACUGUCUUGGGGUCCUCGCGGUCUCUUGGGGGGCAUAUGACGAUGAUGCAUUCCCGUAAUUCCUGCAAGACACUGAAGUGCCCCAAGUGUAACUGGCACUACAAGUAUCAGCAGACACUGGAUGCCCAUAUGAAGGAAAAGCAUCCAGAAUCAGGAGGAUCAUGUGUUUACUGCCGUACAGGACAGCCUCACCCUCGCUUAGCAAGAGGUGAAAGCUACACCUGUGGAUACAAGCCUUUCCGCUGUGAGGUAUGCAAUUACUCAACUACCACCAAAGGCAACCUUAGCAUUCAUAUGCAGUCUGACAAGCAUCUAAACAACGUACAAACGCUGCAGAAUGGAGGAAGUGAGGCACAAUACAACCACAACCAUGCCAGCGCGGUGCCCAGUGCGAGCCUUGGAGGAGGCUGCGGUGCGCCCUCGCCAUCCAAGCCCAAACAGAAACCCACUUGGCGCUGCGAGGUAUGUGACUACGAGACCAAUGUGGCACGGAACCUGCGAAUCCACAUGACCAGUGAGAAGCACAUGCACAACAUGAUGCUGCUACAACAGAACAUGAAGCAGAUCCAACACAGCCUCCAUCUCGGGCUGGCCCCAGCUGAGGCAGAGCUGUACCAGUACUACCUGGCCCAAAACAUGGGACUCGCUGGUGUCAAACUGGAGAACCCAGCUGGCGGCAGUGGCCCAGAUGCUCAGAUGAUGAUUAACCCAUUCCAGCUAGAUCCUGCAACAGCCAGUGCUCUUGGAUCUGGUCUAGUGAACAGUGACCUCUCAGCGGAGUUGCGUCUCGCCACUGGUCAACUUAUGGCCGAUGACCUAUCGCUGGUGUCCUCAGGUGCAAUGGGUGGCGUCCCUUCGUCGGACCCUUCCCUUGGCUCCUUGUCGCCCCCCAUUAGUGACCCCUUGCUGCGUCUGUACCAGUGUGCUGUGUGCAACUGCUACUCCACCGACAGCCUGGAGGCUCUCAACACUCAUGUGAACGCAGAGCGCUCUUUGCCCGAAGAGGAGUGGCGCUGUGUGGUCGGCGACGUCUACCAGUGCAAGCUGUGCAGCUACAACACGCAGCUUAAGGCCAACUUUCAGCUGCACUGCAAGACGGACAAGCACAUGCAGAAGCACCAGCUGGUGGCCCACAUCAAGGAGGGAGGCAAAGCCAACCAGUGGAGAUUAAAGUGUGUGGCCAUUGGCAACCCUGUGCACCUCAAGUGCAAUGCCUGUGACUAUUACAGCAAUAGUGUGGAUAAACUGAGGCUACAUGCCACCAACCAGCGGCAUGAAGCUUCCAUCCGCCUCUACAAGCACUUGCACAAGCAGGACAGCGCCUUCAGUCCGGAGUCGUGCGUCUAUUACUGCACGCUGUGUGACUACUCCACCAAGGCCCGACUCAACUUGGUGCAGCACGCUCGCUCAGCUCGCCACCAGCAGAACGAAGGACUGAGGAAGCUUCAGCUGCACCAGCAAGGCCUGAGGGACGAGGAUGGACUGAGCUUCCAUGACCUGUUCCAAGUCAAAGAGUGUCCUUCCAACCAAGAAGACACUGCUGAGGAUGGCGAGAGACCCCCUUGCUCCUCCUCCAGAUCUUCCUCUCUCAACCACAGUGACCGAGAGUUGAUUGACGGCCGAAGACCUGACAGAGUGAAUGCCACAUCCAAAGACGCCUCUGGACCCAAUGUGAUGGGCAAACACUCUCUUUCACAUGAUCGCCAGAUGGAAAGUCCACCCAAGAGGCCCAAGUCUGCGGAAGGGAAGACCUCCUCCAACGAUCUGGUUCAACAGUGUCCUUAUUGCAACUACAGCAGUAAAGAUGCUAACCGCAUGCAGCUCCAUGUGAUGUCUCAACAUUCCAUGCAGCCAGUGAUCCGCUGCCCACUGUGCCAGGAUGUUCUGAGCAACAAGAUUCACCUGCAGCUGCACCUCACUCACCUUCACAGCGUGGCACCAGACUGUGUGGAGAAGCUGAUUAUGACGGUUGUUGGACCUGACGCACCAACACCAAAUAACGUAAUGCAUUCCCAAACUGGACAUGACAAAGGACUUUCCACUGCGGAUUCGUCCGCUUCCCCCGUUGAUGGCUCCGGGAAAUCCCAAGGAAACGCCUUAAAAGAUGAGCAAGACAAGAACGAAAUGGACCUCCAGAGUGAAGAGCUCAAGCCCCCUAAGGAGGCAUCAGAAGCCCCAGACUGGAAAAGAGCCAGUGGAUUAGGACAAGACUGCAAGUCACCAGAUACUUUGCAGGAGCAUAUCAGCGAGCUUCAAAAGCUCCAGCAGCAGCAGCAGCAGCUGUCUGUAUCUGAUCGUCACGUCUACAAGUAUCGCUGCAACCACUGCAGUCUCGCCUUCAAGACCAUGCAGAAGCUUCAGAUACAUUCCCAGUAUCACGCCAUCCGCGCGGCUACGAUGUGCAGCCUCUGUCAGCGCAGCUUCAGGACAUUCCUGGCCCUCAGGAAACACUUAGAAAAUGGACAUCCAGAACUAAGUGAAGCUGAGGUGCAGCAACUCAUUGGAAAUCUCCCAAUUAAUGGAGACAUCACUGAGAGUGAAGCCAGGGCUUUGGAGGAAGCGCAGGCCUUUGAGAAUGACUUGGACAAAGAUGACGAAAUGGAUCAGGAAGAGAAGCCCAGCCCAACAGGAAGUGACAGCAGCUCUCUGAUGGAUGACAUGGGGGCAGAACCAAAACGUACUCUGCCAUUUAGGAAAGGACCCAACUUUACAAUGGAGAAGUUUUUGGACCCAUCUCGACCCUACAAGUGCACAGUGUGCAAGGAGUCUUUUACUCAGAAAAAUAUACUCCUGGUCCACUAUAAUUCAGUGUCUCAUCUUCAUAAGUUGAAAAAAGUGCUGCAAGAGGCCUCAAGUCCAGUCCCACAAGAGACAGGAAACAAUAUCGACAACAAGCCAUUUAAAUGCAACAUUUGCAAUGUUGCUUACAGCCAAAGCUCUACACUUGAAAUUCACAUGAGGUCAGUGCUCCACCAGACCAAAGCCAGAACAGCCAAAACUGAGACGAGUAGCAGCACCAGUAUCUCCAGCAGUAGUGGUCCAGCGAAAAGUCCUGCUCCAAGCACACAGGGGAACAGCUCAGACACUGCGAGAAGUGGAACGCCCUCUGCUAACAAAGAAAACAGUACAGACCAAAAAGAAGCCAACAACUCAAAACAAGCGUUAGCUUCUGAUCAUGUUACAGCACAAACAAAUACUCAUCAGUCAGCACAGUCCUCAGCCCAAUUGCAAAUGCAGCUUCAGCAUGAGCUCCAGCAGCAAGCGGCUUUCUUUCAGCCACAGUUUCUCAAUCCAGCAUUCUUUCCCCAUUUCCCAAUGACUCCAGAGGCAUUGCUACAAUUUCAGCAGCCACAGUUCCUCUUCCCCUUCUACAUCCCAGGCGCAGAGUUUAAUCUCAGCCCGGAACUUGCGCUGCAUUCAGCAGCAGCCUUUGGAAUGCCCGGUCUGACUGGUUCAUUUCUAGAAGACUUGAAGCAGCAGAUGCAGCAGCAGCAUCAGCUGCAGGCCCAGCAGCAGGCUCAACAUCAGCAACUGUCUCAGACUCAAUCCCAGAUCCAGCAGCAGAAGAACCAACAGCUUCUUAACCAAAAAGCCAAGCUGGAAUCAACCUCUGUCCCAGUAUCUGACAUCCAGAUGUCAAGAGAGGCUGAAGAGCAUUUUGAAAAACAUGAAAGCAAGUCCAAGAUGGAAAACGGCUGUGAUGUCAUCAUUGAUGGGACGAAAGACAACAAAGACAUAAAGAAGUCUAAGUUCUCUGAGCCACUAAUUCCCCCACCACGCAUAGUGUCAGGUGCAAGGGGCAAUGCAGCCAAAGCGCUGUUGGAGAAUUUUGGAUUUGAACUGGUUAUCCAGUAUAACGAAAAUCGACAGAAAAACCAGAAGAAACACAAAGAUGGAGGUGAACAAGUGGAAAUGAGCACAGACAAACUUGAGUGCGGAAUGUGCGGGAAGCUGUUCUCAAAUAUGCUCAUCCUCAAAAGCCACCAGGAGCAUGUGCACAGUCAGUUUUUCCCGUAUGGUGAGCUUGAGAAAUUUGCCCAACAAUACAGAGAGGCAUACGACAAACUUUAUCCAAUAAACCCUGCUUCUCCUGAGACCCCACCUCCACCACCACCGCCGCCACCACCUCCUCCGCCACCUGCUCCUACCCAGGUGACAGUAUCACAGCCAUCUACUCCUACAACAACCAAGUCCCAAACUCCAACGCCUUCUCCUGUUCCUGUGAGUCAUCAGACUACACACCAGACAAGUCAUCAGGCUGUGCCACCAUCAACACCGCAGCCGCAGCCACCUCCCCAACAACCCACUGCCCCUCCAGCGCCCCCUCAAGUGCCACUCCAAGUUCCUUUGGAUCUACCGCUAUUCCCGCCCUUAAUGAUGCAGUCUGUUCAGCACCCGGGGUUGCCUCCUCAGCUUGCCCUUCAGUUGCCUACGAUGGACUCUCUUUCAACUGACCUUACGCAGCUUUGUCAACAACAACUAGGUCUUGACCCCAAUUUUCUUCGGCAGUCCCAGUUCAAGCGUCCGCGCACACGCAUCACUGAUGACCAGCUGAAAAUCCUGCGGGCCAAUUUUGACAUCAACAAUUCCCCGAACGAAGAGCAAAUUCAAGAGAUGUCCGAAAAGUCUGGCUUGCCCCAAAAAGUCAUAAAGCACUGGUUCCGCAACACGCUCUUCAAGGAGAGGCAGCGGAGCAAAGAUUCUCCUUACAAUUUUAAUAUCCCGCCCAUUACAACCCUCGAGGAUAUUAGAUUGGAGUCUCAGCUUGGUACGCAUGAGUACUACAGGUCUGACUCUGCUAUCAACAAGAGAUCUUCCCGGACGAGAUUCACUGAUUAUCAGUUGAGGGUACUACAAGAUUUCUUUGACACGAAUGCCUACCCAAAAGAUGAUGAAAUUGAGCAACUUUCAACUGUGCUCAACCUACCGACACGCGUCAUCGUUGUGUGGUUUCAAAACGCAAGGCAAAAAGCUCGUAAAAGCUACGAGAAUCAGGCUGAUGCUAAGGACAGUGAGAAAAAGGAGCUGACCAAUGAGCGCUACAUAAGAACGAGCAACAUGCAGUACCAGUGUAAAAAAUGCAACAUUGUGUUCCCUCGAAUCUUUGAUCUGAUCACUCACCAGAAGAAACAAUGUUACAAAGAUGAAGAUGAAGAGGGUAAUGAAGAAAACUCAUGCGAAGACUACAUGGAUUCUGUGGACCAAUGCCAAGCUAAGAGCAGCCAUCUGACCUUUGACCCAUCCAAGCAUCCCCAGGGGACUGCAACAAGCUCUGGCUCAAGCUCCCCAGUCUCCUCCUCUCCUCUUCCCAGCCUGGGCAAAAUCUCCCCCAAACCUGAAGCUGAAACCGAACCCAAACAAACCGAGACUGCUCCCUCACCAGUUGUGAAGUCAUUGCCAGAACCGAGACCAUCAAAAGCUUGUACGCCUCAGCCACCACCUCAGAAAACCCCUCAGCCACAAAUGUCACGACCUCAUUCCCAACCCCAGGCAGCUGCAGUGCCGUCAAGCCCCCUCUCGCUCGCACUUUCCUCACUGACAAACAGCCUGCCCCACCAAAUGCUACAGUAUCAAUGUGACCAAUGUAAGAUUGCAUUCCCGACCGUGGAACUGUGGCAGGAGCACCAGCACAUGCAUUUCUUGGCCGCCCAAAACCAGUUUCUUCAUUCUCAGUUCCUUGAAAGGCCCAUAGAUAUGCCCUACAUGAUUUUCGACCCCAACAACCCGCUAAUGGCCAGUCAGCUACUGUCUGGAGGUCUCUCCCAAAUCCACUCUCAGGGAAGCUCUGGUCUGACAUCUGCUGUUGGGUCAGGGUCAAUGAAGAGAAAAAUGGAUGACAAGGACGAAGGUGGAAAUGACAAAGAUGGAGGAAAUAGUGCAGAAGAACAACACAGAGAUAAACGCUUAAGAACCACCAUCACACCAGAACAGCUUGAGAUUCUAUACGACAAGUACCUCCUUGAUUCCAACCCAACAAGGAAGAUGUUGGAUCACAUCGCGAGAGAGGUUGGUUUGAAAAAAAGAGUCGUACAAGUCUGGUUUCAAAACACUCGAGCUCGAGAGAGAAAGGGACAGUUUAGGGCAAUAGGGCCCACCCAGUCCCACAAGAAAUGUCCCUUUUGCCGUGCACUGUUCAAGGCGAAAUCAGCUCUAGAUAGUCACAUCAGAUCUAGACACUGGCAUGAAGCAAAGCAAGCAGGCUUCAGCUUACCACCAAGCCCGAUGAUGACUCAAGACAAUGAAAGAGGUGAAAGCCCAAAGUUCAAUUUCUUUGACUUCACCCAGCUGCCUACCAAGACUGAGCCGAACGAGUAUGAGCUGCCCACAGCAUCUUCAACUCCAGUAAAAACAUCUGAGGCGCAGAUAAAAAACUUCUUAAGCCCUUCAUCCUUAAAAGCUGAAAAUUGUGAUGAAACUGAAGGGCCUAAUGUAAAUUCAGCAGAAGCAUCUUACGAACUGAGCAAAGUGGACUUCGAUGAGACGUCGUCCAUUAACACUGCGAUCAGCGAUGCUACAACUGGAGACGAGGGGAACAACAACGAAGUUGAGAGCUUCACAGCAAAUGCGAUGGAUAAACUCUCUGACUCCAAGCCUAAUAUGGGGACAAACUCUGAUGGUGGAAAUGAGAGGUUCCAAUUCAGCAUGGUCAGUCCGGCUCUGAGCUUCUCUGGGAAAGACUGUGACUCGUACUACAGCUCCAGAGAUGAUGACAUGGACGAGAACAAUGACCGGAGUGAGUCAUCAAGCCUGGCGGAUCCCAGCUCCCCAAGUCCAUUUGGUGCAGGUAACCCUUUCAACAAGUCUGCCAAAGGAAGCAGUUCUGGGGACAGGCCGGGCCACAAGCGGUUCAGGACCCAGAUGAGUAACUUGCAACUUAAAGUCCUAAAGGCUUGUUUCAGCGACUAUCGCACUCCCACAAUGCAAGAGUGUGAGAUGCUGGGCAAUGAAAUUGGGCUGCCAAAGCGUGUUGUCCAAGUGUGGUUCCAGAACGCCAGGGCGAAAGAAAAGAAAUUCAAGAUCAACAUUGGAAAGCCAUUCAUGAUCAGUCAAGGCUCACCGGAAGGGCCUCGGCCUGAGUGUACUUUGUGUGGUGUAAAGUACACUGCACGCAUGUCCAUCCGAGACCAUAUCUUUUCCAAACAGCACAUCACCAAAGUGCAAGAAACCCUGGGGAACCAGGUAGACAGAGAAAAGGACUACCUAGCACCAACCACUGUUCGACAGCUAAUGGCACAGCAAGAGCUGGACCGCAUGAAGAAAGCUGGUGAGGGACUGGGCCUGCCUGGCCAGCAGCAGCAGAAUGCAGUGGACAACAAUAAUGCACUUCAUGGCCUUAGCCUGCCCUCAGGCUACCCAGGGAUAUCUGGCCUCCCGCCAGUGCUUCUUCCUGGGGUCAAUGGGCCAUCAUCACUUCCUGUUUUUCCACCCAACACACCUGCUUUAGCGUCUCCCGGUGCUGGCAUGCUUGGGUUCCCUACACCAGCCACCCCAUCUCCUGCCAUGUCUCUCAGCACUACCCCAACCAAGACUCUUCUGCAGACUCCUCCUCCUCCUCCACCUCCUCCUCCUCCUCCUGUCCCCUCCACACCUAUGGCAGCAGUAAACCAUACAGAGCAGCAAGCUAAAGACCCAGAGAGGGACACCAGUAAGAAACCAGGAGACAAGCCAACUCAGAUGAAGGCAAAGUGCAGCGAGAAUGAGAGCAGCCAAUGUUCAGACACCAUCAGCAUGGCCAAGAAAAGGGAGAAACAGGCUGCAGGCAAGCCAGGAAUUGAAGCUGCUCUGGAUAAUAACCAACUGCAGGCUCUUCAGAAUGCUCUUGCUGCUGGGGAUCCCAGUUCGUUCUUAGGAGGGCAGUUCUUGCCCUAUUUCCUCCCUGGGUUUCCCAAUUGCUUCUCUCCUCAGCUUCCCAGAGGGGUCCAAGCAGGAGGAUACUUCCCACCACUUUGUGGAAUGGAGAACAUGUUUCCAUAUGGUCCAGCAUCUGUCCCGCAAGCUGCCAUGGCUGCUGGUCUCUCUCCAACCGCUCUCCUGCAGCAGUAUCAACAGUACCAGCAAUCGCUGCAAGAUUCACUGCAGAAGCAGCAGCAGAAGCAGCUUGAGCAACAGCAGAAGCAGCAGCAGCCACAACAGCAGAAAGCAGCCCCUGUGAAGACAACCACCCCCAGCGCUACCACCAACACCUUUAAACCAAAAGAGGCGAUUGACGCUAACGACAAAACCAACACAGGCUCUUCAACCGAAAGCACAAAGGAAGAACCGAAAACAGAUACCAAAAGUACCAUGGAUUUUCCAGAUGCUUUUAUUGUGCCGUCAGUCAAGCAUGAGUUUAUAUGCAGGAAGUGCCAGAUGAUUUUUGCUGACGAAGAUUCAGUGGUGCGUCAUCAAAAGUCCCUCUGUUACUUUGGACAUCCUUUUACUGACCUGCAAGAGACGGUGCUUCGGAAGGCAGUCAGUAACUACACUUGUGUUGCCUGCAAUGUGGUUGUUAUUGGGAAUGAAGCACUUGGCCAACAUCUUCAGUCGAGCUUGCACAAAGAGAAAACAAUCAAACAAGCAAUGAGAAAUGCCAAAGAGCAUACUAGAUUAUUACCUCACUCUGUCUGCUCCCCUAGUCCUAACACCACAUCUACCUCGCAGUCUGCAGCUUCUUCUAAUAACACCUUUCCUCAUCUCUCUCGCUUGUCCAUGAAGUCCUGGCCAAACGUCCUGUUCCAGGCCACCACAGCCCGGAAAGCUGCUUCCUCCUCCCCGUCUGCCUCUCCUCCUCCCCCCCUUUCCUCACCUUCAACGGUUACCUCAACUUCCUGCAGCACCUCAGGGGUUCCAACUUCACUACCCACCGAGAGUUGUUCAGAUGAGUCUGACAAUGAGCUAAGCCAGAAGCUGGAGGACUUAGAUAACGCGUUGGAAGUCAAGGCGAAGCCGGCCUCUGGCCUAGACGCAAACUUCAGUAGUAUCAGAAUGGAUAUGUUCAGUGUGUAGGAGUGACAAAAGGAUCCCUUGCUUAAAGAAAAAAAUAAGACUUUUUAAACUGCAGUUCCAAAGUUUCUCUUAACCCAAAAAAUUACAGUACCAAAUGAUUGACUCAGGAUUGUUUUUCCCAUAUUGAUAUGCUGGCAAGAUAUUGAUUGAUUUUUGUUAUGGACAGAACUGUUGCAGAUGCUUGACUGAGCUUAUAUUGUAUACAAAAAUGGAGUAGGAAAAAUCCCACAGGCUCCCUCUGCGGGGCUUGUUUCAAGCCAAAAACUCUCACGAUAGCAAAUUGCACCUCAGCUGGAUUGUUUUCCAAAUGCUAGCAUGUACUGUAUGGGAUGACGAUCCAGAACCCUCAAAGAGAAUCUCUCUUAGUUUAGAUAGGUGUAAUUCAGUAGCUUUAAAUUCUCAGGUCAGAACAUACAUUUCUCAUUUGUUAAAGCAGCAACAAGCCUGGGUACACUUGGCUUAUAACCAAAACAUGUCAAGCUUUAUUGAACGCAUUUCCUUGGUGUGUAUAGAUUACCAAGAGACAAUAUAACUGUUACAAUGGACAAUGUGCAUAUCCUUUCAGUUUUGCCCUAAAAAAGAAAGACCGUACGGUUUUGCCAUUUAGGGAAUUUAGAAUGCAGAAGUAAAUGUGUAAGAUGCCCCUGUGUUUGCCAGUUUGUAUUACAGCAAACUAUCUAUUUCUCAGCCCCCUUUUUUUCAUGUAGUGUAUACUAAUCUGUGCCAACUCUUACCUUCUCACUUUUACCUCUGCUCACACCCUUUUCUGAAGAGGUAAUAACUCUAGUUUUGAUAGACUCGGAUUAUGUGAAUAUAACAUUUUUCAUUUGUGAAAUGCUGUACUGUUACGGUACCUGCUUGUGUCUGGACUAUAGUGCACUUAUUUUGUUUUAAUUUUGUCUUUACAUCAUUUGAGUAGGCCAUUUGUUAAUUUAAUAGAUAUUGUUUUCUGUUUGUUUGUAUGUAUGUUUGUAUUUUAAUUAUAUUAUUAUUUUUUUUUUUUGUCGACAGCAGCAUAUUGGUCCAUAUAUGUUACAGGAGUGAUGCCUAAUAAACUAGAGAUCUAUUUAACAAUUGGUGCAUCCAAGAAAGCAGUACUGUAUACUUGAAACUGUUCACGUACAAGUUGGUCGCAGAGUUGGAAAAAAAAAAAAAAAGAAAGAAAGAAAGAAAUCGGAAUGACCAUUCACUAUUUGUUUUGCUAAUAUGCUGCUUUAAAGGGGGGCAACAACAUUUUUGUUGUAUAUUAGACCAUUUUAUGUGCUUAAAUCAGUGUUACCAAUAUGCUGCCAUUAAGUGCAGGUUAGAUCUGGUCCUCCCAUCGAUUCUCUGGGCACUUCUGAUGAUCUACCAUUCAAGUUACCAUUUUUCCACCACGUGAUUUCAACAUUGCAAAGUAUUACCUUACAAAGUUUGCUGCUACUGUGUUCAAUUGUUUUUGCCUGCCAUCAAUUCUUGCAAACCAGAAAAGAAAAAAACCUGAUACAUCAAUCGCUUUGUUUUGCUUUGCUAUUUUGUUUGUUAUUUUGCUGUGCAACUGAGAAUGUGAAAGCUGUCAAAGGGUGUUCAAUUUCUUCUUUUUCUUCUUCACGAAUCACUUUCUAAUUUGGUAAUCGAAACCAACGUGAUUCAUUCCAAAGUAACAGGCUAUUUGUAUGAAAGAAUAGGCUCUUGUGAACAAAGAAAGCAAAGCUGUUGUACAUAUUCAUAGUUGGCUGUGCAUGGUACAAAUUUAUUAAUAUGAAGAAAUGCAAAAAUGUAUUGCUUUUGGUAUUUCCUAUUCUGAGAUGAGCAAGUAGCAUGUAAUGCAACUGUUUGACAGGUUAAAUCAGACCAUGCUUUGUUAUUGUUUCAAACAAUGAAACCAAGUUACAUUUCCAAUUUUUGUUUUAUUAUUGUAAAGUGUUUUCUUUUCAAAGAUUUAAAGCAAACUGUCAGUUUUAAUUUUCUGUGUGAGCGUUUUUUUUUGUUUUUUUUUAAUGUCAUUAUUUGGAUUUUCAGUGUUUUUUUCUUUUAUCCUGAAGACACUUUUCGAUUGUGUUUCAUAAGAGACAUCCUGGCCUCCCAAGGUGCAAUUCUGCCAUUGUACAAACAUGAGCGACUGUCCUGAUUCCAAAGGCUUUCACAACUCUGGCUUUUUGCCUUUCCCUACUCUGUGGCUCAGCAUUACAAGACUGAACUUCUCUGCUGGCAUCACCUGCUAAGAUGUUAGCAUCAGACAGAACGCUUUCCACACUAUGGACUGGUAAAUGCUAACAAAACCAACAAAAAGGAUGGUCCAACAAUAUAACUGUACAUAUAUAUUGCAACUGCACAGCAGCCAAAAACAAAACAAAAAAAACAAAAAAAAACAAAACAAAAAAAAAAACACAAAAAAAAACAAAAAACAUUUUUUUUAAAAAUGGAUGGAUUGUGUCAUGUUCAUGGGGACAGCCUUCAAAAGGUUGAAAUUGGAAUUGCUCUUCUUGGAUGUCAAAGGGAUUUUCAUGGCGCAAUCAUAUCCUCCACAGUAUGUACUCUUCAACAUCUGGGUUACAUAGGAAAUGCACCCUGAGGUUUUAAUAAGAAGAAGCCCCUAUGGCUAAAACUUUAAAUAAACUAAACCAAAAAUGUUAUUGAUGUUUUAUAUAUAGAGAGUAGUCGCAUUAGUUUUUGUUACUGUACUGUUCGAGGUAUCAACUGUACCGUACCACGGUAAUAACAUGGUUUUGAAACCUUUUUUUUUUUUUUUAUUUUGUCACAGACCUGUUGUCAUAGUUGAAAUGACGUUUAUUGUAGAUGGUAUUUGAACAACUUCUGGAAAUAGUUCAUCAAGUAUGUUUGUUGCUCAUUGUUGUGAUACAUUAAAAACUGUAUCUGCAAA